AUGUUGGCAUCUAAGUAUCUCAUCCUGAUCGCGGCCAUUUCCUGCUGCCUGAGUGGCGUCCUUGCCGUCACCUGUGAAGACGAUCCCACGGACCCCGACUGCAUCGACUGCUCCACUGACACCACCAAUUCCAUAGACUGCACCACGACGACCUCAACAACCACUUCGACGGUGGCUCCUACCACCACCUCCACCACAGUGGCUCCCGUUGCUGCCGCCACCACAAAGAAAGCGGGCAACAAGAAGAAGGUCACGCUUAAGAACUUUCAGUUCAAAUCCAAGCGAACAAUAAAGGUUAACAGAUCGGGCUAA